AUGGCAGUCCCCAACCGCAAAGUCGUCAUCACCGCCUACGGCCCCCCCUCCACCUCCCUCCAGUUCGUCACCGAGGACCUCCCCCCUCCGCCCAAGGACCACGUCCAGGUCAAGAUCCUCUACGCAGGCUUCGCCGGCGCCGACGUCAACAUGCGCCUCGGCGUCUACCCCUUCCAGAGCGCCCCUCCCUUCACGCCGGGCUACUGCUUCGCCGGCCGCGUCUCCGUCAACGGGCCCGGCAGCUCCAAGUUCGAGCCCGGCACCCUCGUCACGGCGCUGACAAAGUACGACUCCGACGCCGAGUACAUCAACAUCCCGGAAAAGUACCUUGUAGCCAUCCCCGACGGCGUUGACCCCAAAGUGGCCGUCGCCUUGCCAGUCGACUGGUCCACGGCCUACGGCAUGGUCCACCGCGCCGCAAAAGUGUCCGAGGGCCAGCGCGUCUUCAUCCACGGCAUCAGCGGAGCCGUUGGCCAGGCCGUCAUGUAUCUCUCCCUCCUCCAAGGCGCAACUGUCUACGGCACAGCCUCUGAGAGGAACCACGCCGCCCUCAAAGAAGCAGGUGCUCAUCCGUAUCUCUACACCAACAAGGACUGGAUCGCCGCCAUGAAGGACCUCGGAGGCGUGCACGCCGUCUUUGACGCCCUGGGCUUUGAAAGCUUCGACGAGUCCUACGACAUCUUGACGCCCAAGGAGAGAAGCGUGGUCGUCGCCUACGGAAACAAUCUCAGCAAUCUCACUGGUGCGAAGCGACGCAAUCCCUGGAUCCCGAUAGCCAAGUUGAUGUUUAAGAACCUCUAUAUCUGGUCCAACAAAGGAGCCAACUUCUACUUCAUCACGCGCGACCAAAAGACUUUUAAGCCUGAACUGCAGCUGCUGCUCAACAUGACCAGGGAUGGAAUCAUCACCCCUCCGAUCAAGGCCGUCUGGGAAUUUGACGAUAUCAAAGAGGCCCAUGAAGCUUGGGGCAAAGGCUCAGGAAUGGGAUCGCCCGUUAUCCGCAUCGCCCGCGACGCUUAA